AUGUUGUUCUCUAACAACAGGAAGCAGUUUGCUAAGAAACUUCAGGUGGAAGUGGAUGCCUGGAGAAAAGCUGCUGGAGAGACUUGGUGCGGUGUGAACUGGCGUACCCUCCUUCUGGAUUGCAUUUCUCCAAAAACUAUUUUGUUGACAACACUGCAGUUGGAACUGCUACUAGAACUGUAUGGUAAAGCACUGCUGCUUGGGGUGUUCUGGGAUACAUUUGCUAUUACAGCUGCUGACAAACAACAAGAGUUGGCUUAUCAGCAGCAGAUAGCUGAUAAACUCACCAGAAAAGUGCUUCCUCCUGGAGUUCAUUACCAUGUUUUUUCUGAUCCACUGGGACCAAAAAUAGGACCCAUGCAAGAUUAUUUAUAUCUUCCUAUACCAAGCUCAAGGCAGAACUGGAAUUGCAUUCAACUUUUUAGUAUCUUUACAGAUCAAGAUAAAAAUUUUAAUGAAACAGCAUGUGUCAUUCAAAGUGUAUUAGAUGCACAGACUGCGCUUUCACCUCAGUCUGUGAUUGAAUAUUCCAAGCUAGGCCCUGAUGUUUCUGUGGGGGAAUACUGUAUUAUUAGUAGCUCAUGCAUAAAUAUUAGAUCACACAUACCAGGCAAAUCUUUUGUGAGUUCAUUAAGUUUGAUGAUUGAUGAACAAGUAAUGUAUGCAACUAUCUUGUUUGGUAUACUUACAGACUAUACAGACUACUUAAAAAAAGAAGUGUUGUCAGAAGUAAAUUCUAUUCAGUUAUUUGGAAGGAGCCUGUUAGAAAGUCUAGAUCUCUGAGGAUUAGGAUUUCAGAGCAAUUUAUUCUCAAGGGUGCAUAAGGCUCAUAGUUUGUGGAAAGCCCAAGUAUUCCCAGGGUAUUUCAUUUUACAAGGAUCUGUUAAAUUAUCUUUAGAAAUGCUUAAUGCGCUGCAAAGAAAGUCAUCUGCAAAUCUUGGCAGCUUUAAAAUAGUGUCAGCUGAAGAAAUGUUGUCACACAAAGAUGUCAAAGAUGUGCUGAACUUCAGGAAACAUCUCUAUAAAGAAAUGACACUGGAAAGUGCUGUAAUGAACUAUUCUCUAUGUGAGAAUGCUUACAAAGAAAGCUGCUUAUAUAGAACUUGGUGA